UUCCAUCCACCAUGAACCAAUCCCCAUCUCUAUCCCGCCCGUUGAGCUCCUUCUCCGUCGCCACAGUUCCCUCUGUCCUAACACGCAGCGUCUCCAAUUUCUGGGGGUUUCGCUCUGAUUGCCGCCAUUACAGUCGCCGUUCUCCGCUCCGCACCGCCAGAUGCGUCAACGCUGACGUCCCUGUGGCGCCUUCCGGGAAAAAUCGCGUGAUCGCGUCCAAGACGAAGAAGGGAAAGGGGGAGCUGGAGAUCUUGGAGGAAAAUAUUGAGAAGGUAUACUUGGUCGUUUAUCGAUGCCGGUUUCUGGCGAUUCUUGCUGUCUUCGGUUCCUUGAUUGGAUCAUUCUUAUGCUUCAUCAAGGGUUGCGUAUAUGUUGGAACGUCGUUUAUGCAGUAUUACGCCACCCGUGGAAAAGUGAUCAUAUUUCUGGUAGAGGCCAUAGAUGUCUAUCUCUUGGGAACGGUGAUGCUAGUUUUUGGAAUGGGUCUUUAUGAGCUCUUUAUUAGCAACCUCAGCCCUUCAAAGACGUCACCAGGAGAAACAAUGGUAGAUCGAUCUAAUCUGUUUGGCAUGUUCACCUUGAAGGAGCGGCCUAAAUGGUUAGAGGUGAAGACUGUGAACGAGCUGAAAACCAAGCUCGGCCACGUGAUAGUGAUGCUCCUUCUGAUUGGUUUUUUCGAGAAGAGUAAGACGGCUGCUAUACACUCCCCUCUAGAUCUGCUAUGCUUUGCAGCUUCGGUGCUUCUAUGUUCUGGUUCCCUUUUCUUGUUAUCCAAGCUUAGCGACUCGAAAUCAGGUCAUUUCCUUGCCUAAUGAACCCAUAACAGAGGGCUUAAAAGGGAUGUAAGUCAUGGAUGUAUAUAUGUAGAUCUCAGGAAUGUAUUAUGGACAUGGAUUACAAAUGAACAUUGCAGCAUUGUGUUCUUUCCCAUUGCAAUUGCACAGAGGAUCGAUCAGGCUGGAAGGCGUUGUAGUUGUGGAGAUGGAAGGCAAAGAGACGCAUGGUCGGCAUGGAUCCGUCGGCGGUGCAAGCACAUCCUCCUCCUCCUCUUCCACCACUAAAAAACAAUCUAAAAGACCCAAAUAUUCCAGAUUCUCACAGCAAGAACUCCCCGCCUGCAAAUUCAUUGUAACGCCGGCUGUGGUAAUCACGACGUUUGUCGCAAUUGCAAUUGUGUUCAUCCCACUUGGCCUUGCUUCCCUGUUUGCAUCAGACAAUGUGGUGGAGAUUGUACAUCGGUACGACGACCUCUGCCUCCAGGGGAGUUCCAAUGCCGUACAGCACAUACAGAGCAAAAACAGCAACAAAACCUGUGCAGGGAAAUUAACCGUCUCCAAGGAAAUGAAGGGUCCGAUCUUCAUAUACUACCAGCUCGACAAUUUCUACCAGAACCACCGCCGGUAUGUGAAAAGUCGCAGCGACAAGCAGUUGAAGUACAAAGCAGACGCCGAUGACACCGGCAGUUGCUCCCCUGAGGCCAACACCGACGAGGGCCCGAUCGUGCCCUGUGGCCUCGUCGCUUGGAGCCUGUUCAACGACACAUACAAGUUUGCGGUGCAGAACAAGGCGGUGGAUGUGAGCAAGAAGAACAUCGCCUGGGAGAGUGACAGAAACCAUAAGUUCGGGUCCGAUGUGUACCCUCAGAAUUUCCAGAGCGGCGGUCUGAUUGGCGGUGCGAAUUUAGAAACGAGCAAACCUCUGAGUGAACAGGAAGAUUUGAUUGUAUGGAUGAGAACUGCGGCGCUGCCAACAUUCAGGAAACUGUAUGGGAGAAUCGAGGGCGACCUUGGAGUGAACGAUAACCUCGAAGUCGUGGUGGAGAAUAACUACAACACAUACAGCUUUGGAGGGAAGAAGUGGCUCGUGCUGUCGACGACGAGUUGGAUUGGUGGGAAGAACGAGUUCAUUGGGAUUGCAUACUUGACCAUUGGUGGCUUGUGCUUGUUCUUGGCAAUCUCCUUCAUCCUCAUCUAUGUGCUUAGACCAAGGCAACUUGGAGAUCCAUCUUACUUGUCAUGGAAUAAACAAUCUCAAGUGCAAUGAGACUCUGCUAAUUUUGAUAGAAUUAGGUGUAAAUUUCUUAUUAUGUAUGUGAUGAGAUUAUGAUAUCUGUGUCCAUUUGUUCUAUAUAUCACUGGAUAGGUUGCGAUUGUAUACUUUAACACGUGAUUUAUUAAAUUUUGCUG